AUGGCAGGAAAGGAGGCACAUUUUUACAACGUUAUACCUUCUUCUCGGCGAACAUUAUUCGGAUUUUCGUUUGGUGGUGAUAAAAAGAAGUCGCAAAAAGCAGGAGGUGUUUCUGGUUCAGGUCAAGUUGUCCUUUUGGAACAGGAUAAUCUCUUUCAUCCGCUAAGCAAGUCGCCUAUACCAUCCAUGCGUGCACGUGGAGAAAGAAUAAAGUCUAUGGCUCCUUGUCCAGUCACUCUAAAUCGUGAUGGGGUAAGGAAGUUGGUUCAAUUUGAAUGUCCAGAUUGCGGUUGGCCAACACAUUACAGCGAAAAAGAGUGGAGCGAAGAUACAGAGCAUGCGAAGUACGUUCCAAGGUUACGUGAAGCAAACGAGGAUGAGCAUGAUUUACGAAGUGGAAGGGAAAUGACUGAAUUCAAACUACCGGGUCAUCAAGGUUUCGAAGAAGUGAUCAACUUUUCAUCAUGGGAUAUCUUCUUCUACACACGUAAUCACGACUCUAUAGAAACUGAAAGAUCAAGAAGGCAUGUUUCCAAAUUGCUCUCUUUCCCCUGCACAGUUGCCGGUGUUUUACACGAGAAUAGUCCUUACACGAAGCGAAAUGGAAGGCUGACACACGAAGGACUUCGAAGUUUGGUAGCAUUACGUCAAACUCUUCACCCUGUUUUGGGAUCCAGACCAAGUCUUGAUGUGACGCGAAUCUUUAUCGUUGGUGCUCGAGCAGAAUCUACAUUACCACCACUCGUUUGGGAUCAACUACGGCAUAUGUUCCCCGGUGUGCCUCUUCAUAUCUUUUUCAUUGGUCCAGAAGUUACACUUCCACGUGAAACUGGAAGAGCAGUGGCAGGCGCACAGGCUCCAUCAACCAAUUCGCAGGAGAAUAAUAACAUCAGUGUCGCAUCCAUGCAUCGUGGAAAACAAAAGAGUUCGAACUACGGAGUUCCUAGCAAAACUGUCGUUGUCUCAGAAGGAUUAACACUGACAUCGAUUCAAUGCAAUUACGAAGAUGUACAUGCACAAUUGGAACCUUUUGAUCCUUACACAGAUAUGUUCUUCUGUUUCAGCCCGGGUUUUGGUUUCCCAAGUAUGGUAGGACAAGAAGAGGUAAACAGAGCAAGAUGGGAAGCUCGUGAUGAAAAGGAACGCAUGGCAGCAGCAAGAGAUACAUACUUUGCACGAGGAGCUCCAACCGAAGGAGCAGAACAACAGCGAUUGAACCCAGUAGGUGGUGAUGUUCCAGCUGCGGAGCCACCUCCGCCACCACCAGCAGAAUCUGAUCAGCCAACAUCUGCUGAAAUGCCACAUGGACGCUACACUAGCUUAACCACUGCUCCAAUCGUGCAAGCACAACGUGAAUGGGCAAGAGCGUUGGGUCAAAUGCUCAGCACGAAAUGUGCUCUUAUCUCAACAGGUUUCAGUCCUGCUGAUGUUGAAAGAGAUAUCUUGGCUUUCGAAAGCGUUGAAGGUAUUCAAGGUGAAUUUGAAUGGCUCAUCAAUCCGGGUGAAAAUGUGUUUGCAAGUCAACAAUGGGCAGUUGCUGAUUUUGAUCCUCGUGUAGCGGUAAAAGCAAAUUGGGGAAUAUGGGCAGUUCGUGGAAAACGUUAUGAUAUCGAAGGACCAAGUCUAUGGAGCGGUGGUUGGAGAGGUAGCGAAGAAGAAUCAUAA